CCCUGGCCAACCAGGGGCGGAGGCGGCGACCGGGGAGGAAGCGGAGGAGGCGGAGGCGGCUGUGGCGUUGGCCCGCCUGCUCGUUCUCUCGCUUUCCCCGCCCCCGCCGGGCUAGCCGCGGCUGAAGGGAGCCGGGCGCGCGCUGUCGCAGCCUGUCCUCCUCCCGGCCGGCGACGGAAGGACCAGCUCGGCAUCGAGACCAGCCUCCCCGUCCCGGCGGCUGCAGCCAGGGCUCCGCGGGGCGCAGGCGGGCGCAGGGCGGCUGAAGGUUACCGAGUGCAUGAGCACCUAGCCUCCCGCGCCACCCCGCCCGCCCGCCGGCCCUCCCGCCGGCUCUCCCGCCAGUCCCUCGCCACCCGGCGGCGGCUGCCUGUGUGGCCGCAGGAGGCGCCGUCUCGCUCCCAGGUGCGCGCUUCGUUCCCGGAGCCGCGGAGCUCGGCGGCCGCCAUGGCGUCCAACAUGGACCGGGAGAUGAUCCUGGCGGAUUUUCAGGCAUGUACCGGCAUUGAAAACAUCGAUGAAGCUAUUACAUUGCUUGAACAAAAUAACUGGGACUUGGUGGCAGCUAUCAAUGGUGUAAUACCCCAGGAAAAUGGCAUUCUACAAAGUGACUUUGGAGGUGAAACCAUGCCAGGACCCACAUUUGAUCCAGCAAGUCACCCUGCUCCAGCUCCAACCCCCUCCUCUUCAGCGUUCCGCCCUGUAAUGCCAUCCAGGCAGAUUGUAGAAAGGCAGCCUCGAAUGCUGGACUUCAGAGUUGAGUACAGAGACAGAAAUGUUGAUGUGGUACUUGAAGACAGCUGUACUGUUGGAGAGAUUAAACAGAUUCUAGAAAACGAACUUCAGAUACCUGUGCCUAAAAUGCUGUUAAAAGGCUGGAAGACUGGAGAUGUGGAAGACAGUACGGUCUUAAAAUCAUUACACUUGCCAAAAAACAACAGUCUUUAUGUCCUUACACCAGACCUGCCACCACCUUCAUCGUCUAGUCAUGCUGGUGCCCUGCAGGAAUCAUUAAAUCAAAACUUCAUGCUGAUCAUCACCCACCGAGAAGUCCAGCGGGAGUACAACCUGAACUUCUCAGGAAGUAGUACCGUUCAAGAGGUAAAGAGAAAUGUUUAUGACCUUACGAGUAUACCUGUUCGACAUCAGUUAUGGGAGGGCUGGCCAGCUUCUGCCACUGAUGACUCAAUGUGUCUUGCGGAAUCAGGGCUCUCUUAUCCCUGCCAUCGACUUACUGUGGGAAGAAGAACUUCACCUGUGCAGACUCGUGAGCAAUCAGAAGAGCAAAGCACGGAUGUUCAUAUGGUUAGUGAUAGUGAUGGAGAUGACUUUGAAGAUGCUUCAGAAUUUGGAGUGGAUGAUGGAGAAGUAUUUGGCAUGCCAUCCUCUGCCCUAAGAAAAUCUCCAAUGAUGCCAGAAAACGCAGAGAAUGGAGGAGAUGCCUUAUCACAGUUUACAGCAGAGUUUUCCUCAAGAUAUGGUGACUGCCAUCCUGUAUUUUUUAUUGGCUCAUUAGAAGCUGCUUUCCAAGAGGCCUUCUAUGUGAAAGCCCGAGACAGAAAGCUUCUUGCUAUCUACCUCCACCAUGACGAAAGUGUACUAACUAACGUGUUCUGCUCACAAAUGCUCUGUGCUGAAUCCAUUGUUUCUUAUCUGAGUCAAAAUUUCAUAACCUGGGCUUGGGAUCUGACAAAGGACGCCAACAGAGCAAGAUUUCUGACGAUGUGCAACAGACACUUUGGCAGUGUUAUUGCACAGACCAUUCGGACUCAAAAAACAGAUCAGUUUCCACUUUUCCUGAUUAUCAUGGGAAAGCGGUCAUCUAAUGAAGUGUUAAAUGUGAUACAAGGUAAUACAACUGUGGAUGAGUUAAUGAUGAGACUCAUGGCUGCAAUGGAGAUAUUCUCAGCUCAACAACAGGAAGACAUAAGGGAUGAGGAUGAACGUGAAGCCAGAGAGAACGUGAAGAGAGAGCAAGAUGAGGCCUAUCGCCUUUCCCUGGAAGCUGAUAGGGCAAAGAGAGAAGCUCAUGAGAGAGAGAUGGCAGAACAAUUUCGUUUGGAGCAGAUUCGCAAAGAGCAAGAAGAGGAACGAGAGGCCAUCCGACUCUCCUUAGAACAAGCCCUGCCUCCAGAGCCAAAGGAAGAAAAUGCUGAGCCUGUUAGCAAGUUGCGAAUCCGAACCCCCAGUGGCGAGUUCCUGGAGCGGCGUUUCCUGGCCAGCAGUAAGCUCCAGAUUGUCUUUGAUUUCGUGGCUUCCAAAGGAUUUCCAUGGGACGAAUUCAAGUUACUGAGCACCUUUCCUAGGAGAGAUGUAACUCAGCUAGACCCCAAUAAGUCAUUAUUGGAGGUAAAGUUGUUCCCUCAAGAAACCCUUUUCCUUGAAGCAAAAGAGUAAACAUGACUCAGCGGUGGAACCGGCCACUUCUGACAAGCCAGUGGCACACGUCAAGAGAUGGGCUCCUCGCCAACCCACCCACAUGCUCGUCUCAAUUCAAUGUCACACUUCUGCCUCUUGCAAGAUUGCUGGAAAAAAGUAAUAAACAUAGCUACUUAAAAUUUCCCAUCCAUGAGUAUAUGUUCCCCAGCCCUCACGAUGGAGCACUACUACAACUCCAUUGCCCUCCCCUGAUUGAUACCUGCUCUUCACCCUUAUUUAACACCCUUGUUUACUGUUGAGUGCCAGUGAGCCCUGGUAGAACCUCUCCAGUUCCUAUUUUUCCCCUUCAGUGUCCAGGACAGUUCUUUUUGUCCUUGACAUCAGAAGCUGUGUGUUUGAUAUGUGUCAUUGGGCCAGGGCUCAGACCUCUGCUUUUUUAUGUCCAUAACUGGAUUUUAAGUUUAUCACCUAAUUUUAAAAAGCAGAGAGAAAAACGUCAAGUAGGACAUUCUUGGCCUGGAAGUUAGACAUUUUGGGGUAGAGAAGUAUGUAGUAUAAAUGACUCCUUUAUAAAUGACAUGUGAGAUGUUGUUGGAGGACUGAUUUGACAUAUAUGCAGGGUGUUUAUAUACUACUGCCAUGGGCGCCUUAGUCCAUCUUGGAGGAAUUCUUUUGUUUCAUUGCAGCUUGGGGAACUAGUCGAGUACACGGUACGUUGAGGUAGUGUGCAGAGUGCCAGGACUAAGUCUUGCUACUGGCCAGCUGUGGGAAGCUGUUAUCCGGCUUGCAGAGAGGCAUUUAGAACUUCCCAGGCACCCGCCACCAAGUUGCUGGGCCAUCAGUGUACACCGCACUCAGUUCUGCUUCUCCCCUUCUACUACUUAGACAUCUGGGACCUUGUCACUUGGUGGGGUGUUUGUUUCCUCUGCCUCAGCCUCCCAAGUGCUAGGAUUACCCCACUAUACCUGGCCGUCACUUGAUGUUUUAAACACCUCCUCUAUUGCCAGAAGCUGAUCAGCUGCCCUGUGGGCUCUCCUGCAAUAACGGACCUGCUCUAUAAUUUUAGUUUCUGAAUGUUUUAAUAUUAGAUAUUGAAUUUAUAUCCCAAAUAAAAGGGAUCUCAUUCUUUGGCUAAAAAUUCAGACGUCAUAUAUUUAAGAGAACAAAUUUGGAGGCUUAGCCUAAAAUUCAUGUGUUGCCUGAAUUGAUAUGUAGUAAUCUGGGGUUUGAUUUGUAGAUGUGGACUUUGUUAAUCUAUGGGUUUGGGGUUUGGGGUAGUUCAUAAGAAUAUUUAUAUCUUCACAGCCAAUUAAUUUCCUUUUAGUCUUGAAAUGUUCUCUGUGGCUGUUUUUGUGUCAUCUCUGGUCUUUAUCUUUAGAGUUGACUUCCCAGUUUGGUUAUUUUGUAAGUGUGUUAGGUGUAUUUCCCUGGUUCCACUAUGAGGUUCUGAGAAGACUUAACCAAAGCUGAAGAUAAUUCUGGUCACUUUUCCCUCUACUCAAAAAAUAUCGGCCAGAAAAUUCACCUGUUUUCCUCUGAUGCUCGACCAAGAACGUCAAAACUCUUCUAAGUGAUGUUGCUAAUCCUCUUCAUCUAUCAGCUGACUGAAGAGAAGGGAGCGCACUGUCAGGGGAGUUCCACCUGAGCACUUCCUCUCCAGCUCUGCUCCUUCCUUCCUAUCAAGUGGCACCACAAGAUGUCAUUUCCGAAACUGCAGCUGUACUAGGGCACAGCUCUUCUUUGUCCAGCUAGACCUUGUUCUGUAGCUGCUGGGAGAAGCCACAACCCUGAACUCAAGCCAUACUCAGAAACAGCAGCCAGGGUAUGGGCAAGGGUUGAGCAAGGUCUCUGAACUCACUCUUAUGUUUAACCUGUUCCAUCUGAUCUGGAUUUGACUUCAUUAUAUGGUUCCCUGCCAUUCCCGUUUACUUCUGUAUACCAACAUAUAGACUUUACUCUGAAACCAAUUUCAUAAAUUUAUUAAAUGUGACUUGAAUGUG